AUGUCAGACCUAAGUCACCAGCAAAUUCCUAUUGGAAAGAAAUUUUAUUCAUGUAAGAAAUGUGGGGAAGCCUUUAGCCACAAACCAAAUAUCACUGACCAUGAGAAAAUCCAUAUGGAAGAGAAACCCUUUGAAUAUAAUGAAUGUGAAAAAGACCUCAGUCAGAAGGAAUGCCUCACCAAGCAUCACACUGCUCACUCUGGAGAGAAAUCCUACAAAUGUAAUGAAUGUGGAAAAUCCUUCAAUCAGAAAGAAAAUCUCAUUACCCAUCAGAAAAUUCAUACUAGUGAGAAGCCAUUUGGAUGUAAUUACUGUGAGAAAGCUUUUAUUCAGAAGUCAAGCCUCAUUAAACACCAGAAAACGCAUACUGGAGAAAAUCAUACAUGUAAAGAAUGUGGGAAAACCUACAGUGGCAAAUCAAAUCUCACAAAGCAUGAGAAAAUUCAUAUUGGAGAAAAACCUUUUAAAUGUAAUGAAUGUGGAACAGCCUUUAGCCAGAAGCAAUAUCUCAUUAAACAUCACAACAUUCAUACAGGAGACAAACCCUUUGAGUGUAAUAAAUGUGGAAAAUCCUUCUCUCAAAUUACAUCACUUUUUAUACAAGUGAGAAUUCACACAGAUGAUAAGCCUUAUGAAUGUGAGGUAUGUGGGAAAGCCAUCUCACAAAUUCCAUCUCUUACUGUGCAAACGAGAAGUCAUAGAGGUGAGAAACCCUAUGGAUGUAAUCAGUGUUGGAAAGCUUUCUCUCAAUUCUCAACUCCUGCUUUACAUGUGAGAACACAUACAGGUGAGAAGCCUUAUCAGCGUAGCAGUUGUGGGAAAGCAUUCAGCCAGAAGUCACACCACGUUAGGCAUCAGAAAAUUCAUACUUUUUUUUUUUAA